AUGGAAUCUAUUAUUCAAACAAUAGUAAACAAUAAAGUACAAGUAUUGACUUCCACAAUUGUAGUACUUGCUGGUGCCAAACUUUUAAGUUCAUUCUUCAAAAAAGAACCUGUUUACGAAAGAGAUAUUGUCUAUAUUUAUGACUUCCCACAGUCAUCGAUGCCAGUGAUUCAUUCUUCACCUUUCGUAUUGAAAGUAAUCACUUUCAUGAGAUAUGCUAAUAUUCCAUACAAAGUAAUCAAUUCAAUGGAGAAUGGACCAAGAGCUAAGAAACCAUUCAUCAGAUACAAUGGAGAGUUGGUUUCAGAUUCACAGAAUAUCAUUGAAUUCCUCACAGAGAAGUUCAAUGUUACAUCGUUGAAGCUGAAGGAUGAGCAACAAGAAGCAGAGGCACAUUUAUUGAGACGUUACAUAGACGAUGCUUUCUAUUGGAGCUUGGUUUACUCUCGUUGGUGUGAUCCAGUGUUCUCACCGGUUGCCGUUAGAGGUAUGUUGGCCGGUGUACCACCGAUGUUGUUCGGUAUCAUUUCGAGAAUUGCCAAGUCAGCCGUCGGCAAACAGUUGUACAAUGCCGGAAUUGGACGUUGCCCACGCGAGGAAAUCUACAGUGUCGCCGUCAAGGAUGUCAAUAGCAUUGCCAAACGUCUUGGUGACAGCCAGUUCCUCUUCAACGACAAACUCUCGGUUGUGGACAUCUCUUUAUUCUCAAUGUUGGUGCAACUCUACUAUGCAAUCGAACCGACACCAAUCUCCAAAGCAAUCAAAUCCAACAAGAACUUGGUUGACUAUAUCGAAAGAAUUCAAAACAUUUUCAAGCCAUGCGAUUUCGUAUGCUCGAGCAGAUCUGCUUAA